GCUCUCUACAGUCUCCUUUUGUGCACCGUUAAAAGAAAGAGGAAGUUUUCUGUCACCAGCUGAGUGCGUUCACAUGCUGCGCACCGCCACACUCAGCCAGCGCGCAGAGGAGAGGGCUUGUUUUUCGGCUAUGGAUGUCUACCAGGAGGCUGUGCAAUAUCUGGAGUCACAGAACAUACCAGUGUCUGCUGCAGUGGCAGAAGAAGCUGAUGUCUUGGAGGAGGACGUUUUCCCAGAGGAGGCAGUGUCCUGUUUUCUCUCCCCGCUGAACACUGAGAGCGUGGACUUCCCUGACACCCCUACAACAUGCAGCAAGGAGGAAAUGUUGGAGAGGAGGCUCACGGUGCUGAAAGGCAUCCUGGAGAGCGAGGAGAUUUACCUCAGAGAGCUGGACACCCUGUUGAUGCCCAUGAAGGCUCUGCGGGCUUCAGCUGGGACCUCUCAACCAGUUCUGUCCAGCCAGCAGGUCCAGACCGUUUUCUACCAGGUGCCUGAGCUCAGAGACGUGCAUCAAACGUUUUACACAGGUCUGAAAGCCCGUUUGAGUGCUUAUGACCAGACUGAGAUCAGCACUGGUAACGAGACAGAAAUGAGAUGCAGAAGCUUUGAGCUGGUGGUCGGGGACCUGUUCCAGAAAAUGGUGAGCCAGAUUGGUCUGUAUGGUGGCUUCAUUGAAAACUACGUGAAAGCUGUUGAAGUGGUUAGGAAGUGCACACACUCAGACCCUCGCUUCCGAACUCUGGCCGAGAGCAUGAUGUCUAACAACGGCACAGACAAAGCUCGGACUACAUACACAUUUGAAGCUCUUCUUUACAAGCCCUUGGACAGAGUUACAAAGACCACAUUAGUGCUGCAGGAUCUCCUGAAGACGACGCCAACAGAGCAUAGAGAUUACACAGCCUUACAGGAAGCUCUGAGAUUGUCUCGCAGCUUCCUGUCUGGUGUCAACGAGAGUUCACAAAGUAAACGGGAGGUCACAUUAAGUCGUGGGAUGAGACGCCAGCUAAUGCGAGAUGGCUUUGUGGUGGAUGUGAGUGAGGGUGAACGCAGCCUGCGUCACCUCUUCCUUUACACCGACCUCCUGCUGUGCACAAGAUUUAAACAUGCAAAUAGAGGGAAGCAGGACCAGUACAGAUUCUGCUGGUAUCUGCCCCUCGCCGGUCUCAAACUUCGCUGGGUUGCAGACAAGGAACGGCCGCCAGAAACCAACGCGCGCUUACACAGCAUACGAACAAAGAUGUACGUCCUGCGUCAGCAGCUACUACAGCAGCUCCGGCAAAAUCCGAAAACAUCCAGGAGCCUGGCAGCCCGUAGCCAGAAGAAACUGGAACAAAUGGAGCUGAUGUUGCUCACACACUUGAUUGCUUACAGACUGGAGCUGCACAGCCCCAGUGGCAAGAGUCAUGCUCUCCUCUUCUCCUCUCUCUAUGAACUAGAAGAAUGGAGGCAGGCCAUACACAAACUCACCACAACUAACAUAGAAACUGUCCCUCCAGACUUGCUCACGUUGACCAGUUCGUGUGUGAAAUUGAGAAUGACCCAGCAACCACCUCUACAUAGCACUAACGCCGGACUGAACGAGGAGUCGUUAUGUGGGACUUUGAGUGUGGCCAUUGAUUCUGCUGUUGGCCUACAGGAGCCAGCUUGUGUGUAUGUGUGUGUGGAAGUGGAUGGCUUCAAGUUUUACGAUCAGCAGACACAGACACACUCUUCAGUCCUCAGCCUAAACCCACACUGGGACCAGGAGCUGUCUUUCCAGGUGGACGGUGCACAGAACUUGAGGGUGUUAUGUGUGAGUCAGUCAAAUGGACAGGAUGAUACUGUUCUGGGAAAAAAUACAGUAAAGUUGGACUCUAAAACUCUGAAUAAGCGAUGGAAAAAACAGACCCUACAGCUGGGGCAGGUGGAGCUUACCCUCUCUCUGAAGUACUGUCCCCACCCACUGGGACCACCCAGCUCCACAGUUCAACAGCCGCCAAUCUUUGGCGUCCCCAUUGAAACCGUGGCAAAACAGGAGGGAGUGCUGGUUCCUCAUGUGGUGCGAUGCUGCGUGGAGGAAGUGGAGAGGAGAGGCAUGGACGAGGUGGGAAUCUACAGGAUUUCAGGAACAACUAGUGAAAUCAGCAUGCUCAAGGCUGCGUUCAACACCAAUCUCCGUGAAGCGGUGACGAAGCUGAGAAGCGCAGAAGUGAACGCCGUGUCUGGUGUUCUCAAACUGUACUUCAGAGAGCUGCCUGAACCCCUGAUACCCACUGAGCUUUUUCAGAGUCUGACAAGAAGUCUAGACAUCCAGGAUCAAAACCCACGGCUGGUCUCCAUGUUGUCCCUGCUGCAGUCUUGUCCUGAUGCCAACCGCCACACCUUCCUCUACCUGCUGCAUCACCUCCAACGAGUCUCAGAGAGGCAACACAUUAACAAGAUGUCUCUACUAAACCUUGCCACUGUGUUUGGGCCGAGUCUCCUACGCCCCCCGGUGGCUGGGCAGGGACACCUUGGGCCCACUGUGGAUAUCUCUCAGGAGGUGGUGGUACAGGUCCAAGUCGUUUUCAGCUACCUGCAGUGCAACAACCUCCCUGAAGCCCAGCUCUCUCUGCCACAUGACUCAGACACUGAGGAUUAGGCCACCCACAUAUGAGACCACCAGCUGUGUCAUGGCCAGAAAGACAUAUAAAUGGUUAGAAACCACACUGAGAGACUGCUGUAAGAUUACCAAUAACAAUAAACCUAUUUAUUGAAUUUUAAAAAA